UAAACCCUAAAUUCUUUUCACUUGAGCAUUGCGGACUUCCGAAAGGUUAAAAUUCUCCUUUGCACAUUUUCUUGACAUCUUUCUGUGAUCAAAACAGAGGAUUUAGAGUGUAAUCCUGCACUUCUGAUUUUAGGUUUUUCCUAUUUUUGUAAUGGAGGCUUGUUUGGUAAAAGCUAAUAGUACACAUGUGGUGAAAGUUGGCAAAGGAGGAGGAGGAGUUGAUAAUGGGUUCUGGGGAGACAAGAUUAGAGGAAAUUUUAUGAAUUGGAAAAAGGAUUUGAAAAAGAGUAGCUCUUUGAGAGGUGAAUUUGUGAAUGGUAGAACAAUUAAAGGAAAGGGUGGUAUCGGUUAUGAUUCAUCUGUUCUUACUUCGGAUCAUCUCACUAAAGAGGCAAUGACCCAUCCAGGACCUCCCACAUAAAAUAGCAGACCCCAAUAGUGUAGCUUCAGUCAUUUUGGGUCCAGGGUUUGAGAUUGACGUAAUGCCUGGACCACUGAGGAUGGAUGGGCAUGGGCUGAACGGCUUACUAGCCAACGACAUAUCACCGUUAGAAGACAAAAUCAGGUUCCAAUUAGCACUUGCAUCAACUGUGGCAUUAAUAAGAUAUUUAUCCUUACUCAAUUAACUUAUGCUUCCCUCAAUGGCAAUCCCCUCCUUCGCAAGCAUGUUCGCCACUUCCAGAUGGGUAGGGACUUUAGAGACGGAUGCAUAGAGCUCCUGGCUGCAACUCAGACACAAGAACAAACAGGAAAGAAGUGGUUUGAAGGAACAACUCAUGCCUUGAGACAGAUCACUUUGGAUGCCAAGAACAAGAACGUCGAGCAUAUAAUGAUCUUGUCUGGCGAUCAUCUUUACAGAAUGGACCACAUGGACUUUGUGCAGAAGCAUAUUGAUACCGGUGCUGAUAUUACCGUUCCUUGCAUAUUCGUUGAUGAUAGCACUGCAUCAGAUUAUGGAUUGCUGAAGAUUGACAGUUCUGGUCGCAUCACUCAAUUUGCUGAAAAACCAAAGGGGGUUGAUCUGAAAGCAAUGCAAGUCGACACUGCUGUCUUGGGGUUGUCUCCACAGCAAGCCAUUCAAUAUCCAUACAUUGCGUCUACGGGCACGUAUGUAUUUAAGACAGAUGUUCUUUUAAAUCUCCUGAUGUUGACGCUGCUUCCCAUUUCCGCUGACUUUGGAUCUGAAAUCAUUCCAUCAGCUGUGAUGGACCAUAAUGCCCAAGUAAGGAUUAAUUGCUCAACUACUCUGCAGUCGCAUUUUGCAUCUUUCUGCCUUAAUUUUUUUUAAUUCCUCACUAAGCAAAAUCAAUGUGAAGAGUUGCAAUACUUAGCUAAUGAGUUUGUGAUGGUAAAACUGAACAUGCAUUAUUAAUAUGAAGUGUAAUUAUGAA